AUGCCAAAGGAAAAGACCACUGCCCGCAAGACCAAGGGCCGCGGUGCCGAGAAGAAGAAGAAGGACCCCAAUGCGCCAAAGCGUGGUCUCUCCGCCUACAUGUUCUUCGCCAACGAGCAGCGUGAGUCGGUUCGUGAAGAGAACCCCAACAUCACAUUCGGCCAAGUUGGCAAGGUUCUCGGAGAGCGAUGGAAGGCUCUGAAUGAUAAGCAGCGUGUUCCCUAUGAGGAGAAGGCCGCUACCGACAAGCAGAGAUACGAAGACGAGAAGGCCGCAUACAACUCUCGCCAGGAAGAAGAGGAAUCCUCUUAA